CGGAGCGCGGGGGGCGAGGCCGGCGCGUCGCUCGCGGGAGGCCGGGGAGCGGCAGGGGCAUGUGGAUACUGGCUCUCUCCUUGUUCCAGAGCUUCGCGAAUGUUUUCAGUGAAGACCUACAUUCCAGCCUCUACUUUGUCAAUGCAUCUCUGCAAGAGGUAGUGUUUGCCAGCACCACGGGGACUCUGGUGCCCUGCCCCGCAGCAGGCAUCCCUCCUGUGACUCUCAGAUGGUACCUAGCCACGGGCGAGGAGAUCUACGAUGUCCCCGGGAUCCGCCACGUCCACCCCAACGGCACUCUCCAAAUUUUCCCCUUCCCUCCUUCGAGCUUCAGUACCUUAAUCCAUGAUAAUAUUUAUUAUUGCACAGCUGAAAAUCCUUCAGGGAAAAUUAGAAGUCAGGAUGUCCACAUCAAGGCUGUUUUACGGGAGCCCUAUACAGUCCGUGUGGAGGACCAGAAAACCAUGAGAGGCAAUGUUGCGGUCUUCAAGUGCAUUAUCCCCUCUUCGGUGGACGCGUACAUCACUGUCGUCUCAUGGGAGAAAGACACUGUUUCACUUGUCUCAGGAUCUAGAUUUCUCAUCACAUCUACGGGAGCCUUGUAUAUUAAAGAUGUACAGAAUGAAGAUGGAUUGUAUAACUACCGCUGCAUCACGCGGCAUCGAUACACCGGAGAGACGAGGCAGAGCAACAGCGCCAGACUUUUUGUAUCAGACCCAGCGAACUCAGCCCCAUCCAUACUGGAUGGGUUUGACCAUCGCAAAGCCAUGGCUGGGCAGCGUGUGGAGCUGCCUUGCAAAGCGCUCGGGCACCCUGAGCCAGAUUACCGCUGGCUGAAAGACAACAUGCCCCUGGAACUUUCAGGGAGGUUCCAGAAGACCGUGACGGGGCUGCUCAUUGAGAACAUUCGCCCCUCGGACUCAGGCAGCUACGUGUGUGAAGUGUCCAACAGAUACGGAACUGCUAAGGUGAUAGGCCGCCUGUACGUGAAACAGCCACUGAAAGCCACCAUCAGUCCCAGGAAGGUUAAAAGCAGCGUGGGUAGCCAAGUUUCCUUAUCCUGCAGCGUGACAGGAACUGAGGACCAGGAACUCUCCUGGUACCGCAAUGGUGAAAUCCUCAACCCUGGAAAAAAUGUGAGGAUCACAGGGAUCAACCACGAAAACCUUAUAAUGGAUCACAUGGUCAAAAGUGACGGGGGCGCAUACCAGUGCUUUGUGCGCAAGGACAAGCUGUCCGCUCAAGACUAUGUGCAGGUGGUCCUUGAAGAUGGAACUCCCAAAAUUAUUUCUGCCUUUAGUGAAAAGGUGGUGAGUCCAGCAGAGCCGGUUUCCCUUAUGUGCAACGUGAAGGGAACACCUUUGCCCACGAUCACGUGGACCCUGGACGACGACCCGAUUCUCAAGGGUGGCAGUCACCGCAUCAGCCAGAUGAUCACGUCGGAGGGGAACGUGGUCAGCUACCUGAACAUCUCCAGCUCCCAGGUCCGGGACGGGGGAGUCUACCGCUGCACUGCCAACAACUCGGCGGGAGUCGUCCUGUACCAGGCUCGAAUAAACGUAAGAGGGCCUGCAAGCAUUCGACCAAUGAAAAACAUCACAGCAAUAGCAGGACGGGACACAUACAUUCACUGUCGUGUGAUUGGCUAUCCGUAUUACUCCAUUAAAUGGUACAAGAACUCUAACCUGCUUCCUUUCAACCACCGCCAAGUGGCAUUUGAGAACAAUGGAACUCUUAAACUUUCAGAUGUGCAAAAGGAAGUGGAUGAGGGGGAGUACACGUGCAACGUGUUGGUUCAACCACAACUCUCCACCAGCCAGAGCGUCCACGUGACCGUGAAAGUUCCACCUUUCAUACAACCCUUUGAGUUUCCAAGAUUCUCCAUUGGGCAGCGGGUCUUCAUCCCCUGUGUUGUGGUCUCAGGGGACUUACCCAUCAUGAUCACCUGGCAGAAGGACGGCCGGCCAAUCCCUGGGAGCCUUGGGGUGACCAUUGACAAUAUUGACUUCACGAGCUCCUUGAGGAUUUCCAAUCUCUCCCUGAUGCACAAUGGGAAUUACACCUGCAUAGCCCGGAAUGAGGCCGCCGCUGUGGAGCACCAAAGCCAGUUGAUUGUGAGAGUUCCUCCCAAGUUUGUGGUUCAGCCACGGGACCAGGAUGGGAUUUAUGGCAAAGCAGUCAUCCUCAAUUGUUCUGCUGAGGGUUACCCUGUACCUACCAUCGUGUGGAAAUUCUCUAAAGGUGCUGGGGUUCCCCAGUUCCAGCCAAUUGCCCUAAAUGGCCGAAUCCAAGUUCUCAGCAAUGGGUCCUUGCUGAUCAAGCAUGUCGUGGAGGAAGACAGUGGCUACUACCUCUGCAAGGUCAGCAACGAUGUGGGCGCAGACGUCAGCAAGUCCAUGUACCUCACGGUUAAAAUUCCUGCGAUGAUAACAUCCUAUCCAAAUACUACCCUGGCCACACAGGGGCAGAAAAAGGAGAUGAGCUGCACGGCACAUGGUGAGAAGCCCAUUAUAGUCCGCUGGGAGAAGGAGGACCGAAUCAUUAACCCUGAGAUGGCCCGUUAUCUUGUGACCACCAAGGAGGUGGGAGAAGAGGUGAUUUCUACUCUGCAGAUUUUGCCAACUGUGAGAGAAGAUUCUGGUUUCUUUUCCUGCCAUGCUAUUAAUUCUUAUGGGGAGGACCGUGGAAUAAUUCAGCUCACAGUGCAAGAGCCCCCAGACCCUCCUGAAAUUGAGAUCAAAGAUGUCAAAGCACGCACAAUUACGCUCAGGUGGACCAUGGGGUUUGAUGGAAACAGCCCCAUCACAGGCUACGAUAUUGAAUGCAAAAAUAAAUCAGACUCCUGGGAUUCUGCUCAGAGAACCAAAGAUGUUUCCCCUCAGCUGAACUCGGCCACCAUCAUUGAUAUCCACCCUUCCUCCACCUACAGCAUCCGCAUGUACGCCAAGAACCGGAUUGGCAAGAGCGAGCCCAGCAACGAGCUCACCAUCACGGCGGAUGAGGCAGCUCCUGACGGUCCACCUCAGGAAGUCCACCUGGAGCCUAUAUCAUCUCAGAGCAUCAGGGUCACAUGGAAGGCUCCCAAGAAACAUUUGCAAAAUGGGAUUAUCCGUGGCUACCAAAUAGGUUACCGAGAGUACAGCACUGGGGGUAACUUCCAAUUCAACAUUAUCAGUGUCGACACCAGCGGGGACAGUGAGGUUUACACCCUGGACAACCUGAAUAAGUUCACUCAGUACGGCCUGGUGGUGCAGGCCUGUAACCGGGCCGGUACGGGGCCUUCUUCUCAGGAAAUCAUCACCACCACUCUCGAGGAUGUGCCCAGUUACCCCCCCGAAAAUGUCCAAGCCAUAGCAACAUCACCAGAAAGCAUAUCAAUAUCCUGGUCCACACUUUCCAAGGAAGCCUUGAAUGGAAUUCUCCAGGGGUUCAGAGUCAUUUACUGGGCCAACCUCAUGGACGGAGAGCUGGGUGAGAUUAAAAACAUCACCACCACACAGCCUUCACUGGAGCUGGACGGGCUGGAAAAGUACACCAACUACAGCAUCCAGGUGCUGGCCUUCACCCGCGCAGGAGACGGGGUCAGGAGUGAGCAGUUCUUCACCCGGACCAAAGAGGAUGUUCCAGGUCCUCCCGCGGGCGUGAAGGCAGCGGCGGCCUCAGCCUCCAUGGUCUUUGUGUCCUGGCUUCCCCCUCUCAAGCUGAACGGCAUCAUCCGAAAGUACACUGUAUUCUGCUCCCACCCCUAUCCCACAGUGAUCAGCGAGUUUGAGGCCUCUCCCGACUCAUUCUCCUACAGAAUUCCCAACCUGAGUAGGAAUCGUCAGUACAGCGUCUGGGUGGUGGCCGUGACUUCAGCUGGAAGAGGCAACAGCAGUGAAAUCAUCACAGUCGAGCCACUAGCAAAAGCUCCUGCACGAAUCCUGACCUUCAGUGGGACGGUGACUACUCCAUGGAUGAGAGACAUUGUCUUGCCUUGUAAGGCUGUUGGGGACCCUUCUCCUGCGGUCAAAUGGAUGAAAGACAGUAACGGGACACCCAGUCUAGUAACGAUUGAUGGGCGGAGGAGCAUCUUUAGCAACGGAAGCUUCAUUAUUCGCACGGUAAAAGCAGAAGACUCCGGCUAUUACAGCUGCAUUGCCAAUAACAACUGGGGAUCCGAUGAAAUUAUUUUAAACUUACAAGUACAAGUUCCACCAGAUCAGCCUCGGCUUACAGUCUCCAAGACCACGUCUUCCUCCAUCACCCUUUCUUGGCUCCCUGGAGACAACGGGGGCAGCUCUAUCAGAGGAUACAUACUGCAGUACUCCGAGGACAACAGUGAGCAGUGGGGGAGUUUUCCAAUCAGCCCCAGUGAACGUUCCUACCGCUUGGAAAAUCUCAAAUGUGGGACUUGGUAUAAGUUCACACUGACAGCCCAAAAUGGAGUGGGCCCAGGGCGCAUAAGUGAAAUCAUAGAAGCAAAGACCUUAGGAAAAGAGCCCCAGUUCUCAAAGGAGCAGGAACUGUUUGCCAGCAUCAACACCACGCGCGUCAGGCUGAACCUCGUUGGCUGGAAUGAUGGCGGCUGCCCCAUCACCUCCUUCACACUAGAGUACAGGCCCUUUGGGACCACGGUUUGGACCACAGCUCAGAGGACCUCUCUCUCCAAGUCCUACAUCCUGUAUGACCUGCAGGAAGCCACCUGGUAUGAGCUGCAGAUGCGGGUGUGCAACAGCGCUGGCUGCGCGGAGAAGCAGGCCAACUUCGCUACGCUGAACUACGAUGGCAGUACAAUUCCUCCACUCAUUAAGUCAGUUGUCCAAAACGAAGAAGGGCUGACGACCAAUGAGGGGCUCAAGAUGCUGGUGACCAUCUCCUGUAUCCUGGUGGGGGUCUUGCUGCUGUUCGUGCUCCUGCUGGUUGUACGGAGGAGGCGGCGGGAGCAGAGGCUGAAGAGGCUGCGAGAUGCAAAGAGUUUAGCUGAAAUGCUCAUGAGUAAGAAUACCCGGACUUCAGAUACGUUAAGCAAGCAACAGCAGACCCUGCGAAUGCACAUCGACAUACCCAGGGCUCAGCUUUUGAUUGAAGAGAGAGACACGAUGGAGACCAUCGAUGAUCGUUCCACGGUUCUGUUGACGGAUGCUGACUUUGGAGAGGCAGCUAAGCAGAAGUCCCUGACGGUCACUCACACGGUCCAUUACCAAUCGGUGUCUCAGGCCACUGGGCCCUUAGUGGAUGUUUCAGACGCUCGGCCGGGAACGAACCCCACCACCAGGAGGAAUGCCAAGGCUGGGCCCACAGCAAGAAACCGCUAUGCCAGCCAGUGGACCCUCAACCGACCCCACCCAACCAUCUCAGCACACACCCUCACCACAGACUGGAGGCUGCCAACACCCAGGGCUGCAGGAUCAGUAGACAAAGAGAGUGACAGUUACAGCGUCAGCCCCUCGCAAGACACAGAUCGAGCAAGAAGCAGCAUGGUCUCCACAGAAAGUGCCUCCUCCACUUACGAAGAACUGGCCAGGGCCUAUGAACACGCCAAGAUGGAAGAGCAACUGAGGCACGCCAAGUUCACCAUCACGGAGUGCUUCAUAUCAGACACGUCAUCUGAACAGUUGACGGCAGGGACAAAUGAGUACACGGACAGUCUGACCUCCAGCACCCCUUCCGAAUCGGGAAUCUGCAGGUUCACUGCAUCUCCCCCCAAACCUCAGGAUGGAGGAAGAGUAAUGAAUAUGGCAGUUCCAAAGGCACAUCGGCCAGGUGACCUCAUACAUUUGCCUCCAUACCUUAGAAUGGACUUUUUGUUAAACCGAGGUGGUCCAGGCACCAGCAGGGACCUGAGCUUAGGACAAGCAUGCUUGGAACCUCAGAAAAGCCGGACCCUGAAGCGCCCCACGGUCCUGGAGCCCAUCCCGAUGGAAGCCGCCUCCUCCGCCUCCUCCACGAGAGAAGGACAGUCGUGGCAGCCGGGGGCCGUGGCCACAUUACCUCAGCGGGAGGGAGCAGAGCUGGGACAGGCAGCUAAAAUGAGCAGCUCCCAAGAGUCACUGCUCGACUCCCGGGGCCAUUUGAAAGGAAAUAAUCCUUACGCAAAAUCUUACACCCUGGUAUAACAGACAGCAUGACUGGACAGCGGUUGUAAAUACAAUUCAAACAAUUCAAUCAAAGCUACCUUUUUUUUACGGAAUUCCAAUAUUUAUAAUUAAAGAAAAUUGCCAAAAUAUAUUAAAAAAAAAAAAGAGAAAAUACUGAAACCACAGACAGUGCAAAAACUCUCCUGCUUUUUUUCUGUCUGAGUGUGAGCUCCAUCCGCCUGGGCAUCUGAUUUUUUGGGAAAGAAGUCCAGUUUUAUGAUCUUCACAGGCUAUUGCAUUUUUACUGAUUUUCUACAAAAGUGCAUGGGGGGAUUAAUUAAACCUUCUGACUGGAAGUUCUAUCACACAAGAGGCAAGAAAGAAAACAGGGUGGGGGGGAAAUCAGCCUAUUUGUGAAUUUAAAAGGAACACCGAUUUGCGGGCAGGGGAAAACUUCCGUCCCGUUUGCACACCUUUCUUUCCCAUUAGAAACCGGGUUCUCAAUUUGGUCUUCUUUUGUUGUUAAUUAGGAUGAGUGCCGUCAGUGAAGGGGUGGGGGGAAGCAAUUCGGUUUUCUCUUUUGUUUCUUUUUUAAUUUAAUGAGACACUCUUUGCAUUUUGUCUAAGCGAAAUAAAAAAGAAAAGGUUGUCUGCCUU